AUGGCUGCCCCCCCAGAGGAGAAGGCGCCCAAGCCGGGCCUCAAUAUCUAUGGCUGCCAGGCCGUCAAUCCAUACAAGCUGACGAUUGCCCUGGAGGAGCUUGGCAUCCCGUACAACUACAUCAACCUGGAACUGACCGCCAACGAUCACAAAUCCGACUGGUACCUCGCCAUGAACCCCAAUGGGCGGGCGCCAGCCAUCGUCCACGUCAAAGAGGACGGCAGCACCCAGACCGUCUUCGAAUCUGGCGCGUGUCUGCUCUACCUUGCCAGCGAGUUUGACAAGGAGCAAAAUAUCUCGUACUCGCUCGGAGCUCCUGAGUACUGGACACAAAUUUCUUGGCUCACGUGGCAGGUUGCGAGCUACGGCCCGAUGAUGGCCCAAGCAGCCCACUUCAACCGGUAUGCAGUCGAGCCUGUGCCGUACGGUUCCUGGCGCUUUACGUCGGAAUGUCGACGGCUGCAUCAUGCCCUGAACGAGCAGCUGGCCACCAGUCCAUUCGUUGCCGGUGACCGUUUGACAAUUGCCGACAUCGCCAUCUUCAUAUUCGUGCACUCCAGCAAGUGGUGUGGGUUGGAUGUCCACGAAUUCCCCCAUCUCGAGGCGUGGAAGGACAAGCUGGCGAAACGGCCAGCGUUCCAAAAGGGACUGAACUCGCCUGCACCAUACUCUUUCAGUGACGAGGCCGUGACCAACCCGGACGGCCAAGAAUUCUACAAGACCAUUCGGAAGAUGGGCACCCCGUUUAUCAAGCAAGCAACCGAUCUGUGGUCCAAGGGCGACCCAGUGCCGCUGCCUUCGGACCACAGCAACUUUGCCUAG